AUGGCGAUGGUCACCGGUCUCAUCCCCAUCCUCCGCACGGCUCUGGAAGCUACCACGGAUUACACGGGGAGGACUAUGUGGUUUGGAUUCGCGGUGGUACGCCUUCUCGCUCUCUAUGUAUCUGAGCUUCCUUGGGGUAAACUGGAUCUGGACUUUGAUUGUCGCGGUAACGAAACUUCUGAGUUCUGCCGUAAAGCUUGUUUCAAUGAGCACUUCAAUGUGCCGGUCAUCUCCCUGUGGAACAGCGCCUACGUCUUCUUCGUGGCCUCCAUCCUCCUCAUGGAGCUCUUCACCUCUCAGCUCCGCCAUAACCUGACCAAGGCUUCCAUGAAGAAGAAGAUGGUGCAGUGUGAUGGGCCUCUGCUGGGGACCUGGACUUCAGACUUAGCCCACAAGGACCUGGUGCUGGACUUCCACCAGCAGAGGAGGCUCCUGCUCCUCUACCUGCUCUGCAUCCUCGUGCGCCUGCUCGGGGAGCUCACCUUCUUGUACGUCCUGUUUUAUUGGCAUCUUCCUCUGAUUUCCAGUGACCCCAUUGAAUGCUCCACCUUGUUCUGCCCUGGGCCCUUCACUUGUCUGGUACGGUUCCCAGCAGAGAAGCGCAUGUCCCUCUACCUCCUUGGUUCCUUGUCCACCAUCUUGGUUCUGGCCUGCAUCGUGUUUGGACUCUACAGCAUCUUCCAUUACUUGGCCAACUGCCAGACCCGCCAGGAGGACUCUGUGUAA